UCCUCCUCCUCCUCAGCGCCCAGGCAGCGGCGGCCGAGCGGGAUCCCCGGCGAUGGCUGAGCUCAAGUCGCUGGGCAGCGAGGCGUACCUGGCGCUGGCCCCGGGCUACGGGCCCUCGGCUUUCGCCUACGGGGCGGUGCGCGGGGGCGCCGAGGGCCCGCGGGGCGCCUACGCGGGGGGCGGCGGGACGGACUUCCACGCCGGGGCAAUGGGCAAGUCUGCGGAGAGCAGCGGCGAGCAGAGCGGCGACGAGGAGGACGGCUUCGAGGCGGGCGUGAAGGGCGGCGCGGGCUUCGAGCGAGAGGGGAAGCUGAAGGGGGGAGCCCUGGGCAAGAAGCCCAAGGAGCAGCGCUCGCUGCGCCUCAGCAUCAACGCGCGGGAGCGGCGGCGGAUGCACGACCUGAACGACGCGCUGGACGGGCUGCGCUCCGUCAUCCCCUACGCCCACAGCCCCUCGGUGCGGAAACUCUCCAAAAUCGCCACGCUGCUCCUGGCCAAGAACUACAUCCUCAUGCAGGCGCAGGCCCUGGAGGAGAUGCGGCGGCUGGUGGCCUACCUGAACCAGGGCCAGGCGCUGAGCGCCCCGCUGCCCGCCACCCUCAACCCCUUCGGACAGUCGCCCGUGUACCCCUUCGGCGGCGCGGCCGUGCCCGGCUGCCCCGAGAAAUGCACUGCCUUCACAGGAGCCGCCUCCGCCCUCUGCAAACACUGUAACGACAAGCCUUGACUUCUGCCUUCUUCGGGCUUUUCAUUUCUUUUGGGUUUUUUCGGUUUUUCUUUCUUUCUUUUUCUUUUUUUUUUUUUUUUUUUUGGUUGUUUGUUUUGGUUUUGGGUUUUUUUUUUCUGUGCACUUUUCUUUCCACUGCCAUCAGCCCUGGCUUCCUUCCAUCAGUUAAGUCUGGGUUUUCCCUUUUGUUCUUCUCUUAAAUACCCCCCUCCCCAUUUGGAAAUAUUUGGCAGUUCACAUGGACCCCCAAAACACCCACUUCCUACUUUAUUUAGAUCCCCCCUCUCAUGCAACUUCAUCUGUAGAGUUAUUUCCUUCCCAGCCUGUCAGUGGAUUGUGAGCGUAAUGUUGCUUUUCGCUUGCUCUGAGCUACAAAGUUUUUGAGCAGUUUUGAAACAGAACUAUAGAAAAACAGAGAGGGUGAGAGAUCUGGAAAUGGAAACCUCAGUGAAUUUGCUUUGGCGUGAUUGACCUGUGUUAAAAAUAGAUUAAAAGGAGGAAGGGGAAGCAAAAUCCAGCUGCAAACUAUGCAAUGUUUCAGAAUCGUGGGCAGAGGGGGUUCUGUGUAGCCAGCUGGGGUUGUACUGCACCCGCAAAUCCAAAUGGAAAUCGUUUGGUCAGAGCUCACGGGAGGGGGGAAGUCCAGUACUCUUGCUAAAACAAUUGAUGCUUCAAAGUAAGAUGCUUUUUUUUCUUUUCUCUCUUAAAAAAAUUAACCCGUUCUUGGACUGAGAGGAGCCUGUGAUUGUAUGCUAAUGCUUGCUGUUUGCCUGUUUCUCAGCUUGGUUAAGUUUUCCGGAUGAUUCUCCAAAGUCGUUGCUCAUCAUGACAAACAAAGCAAAAGGUGACUUAACAUAUUUAUAUGUAUUUAUAAUAAAUAAAAGAUAUGAAUAACCACUUUCUCUGUCCUACAUAUCUCUAAAACCAGCUGGCAGUCCCUGCAAAUCCCCUGCUGGAGUCAGGUAAAGCAGACAUGGACGUGGCAGGAGCAGCUGUGUGAACUUAGGGUAAUGAUCAGAAUACUUGGUAAAAGCUUCUGGAUAUUCAGCUCCUUAUCAGCAAGGAUUUGCAUUUUUUCUCCAGUUUCUCCUGAAUCGUGAGCACACAAAAAACCAUUACUUAUGUCUGACUCUGAGUUAAGCAGGCAGGGGUUUAGGUUGUGUAUUCUGACAUUUGCUGGGGAAUGCUGUUCCCUGAAAGUGCUGUAUAACUGGGGUUAUUGUAGCAGCGAGCUUAGCUCUGAGCACCCCUAUGAAAAACAUGGCAGGGAAGGAAAUCGCUUAAAAACUCUUCUUAUCCCUUUGGUUGGUUUUCUGUUCUCUCUACAGCUUGACCCUAGAGCUACAUCUGGGGUUUGGGCCACUUAAUAUCACGACUGAACUAAGGAUCUCUUGCCAAUAUUGACUGUGUUUGUCCAAGUUACAAAGUGUGUCUCGCGCUGGCCGAGCUCUCCGUGUCGCUUGUGUUGGGUUACUUUGGUUUUCUGGUUUAUGUUGUUCAAUGCUUUGGUGCCUUGUAUGCUUCACUGGUAAUUCUAUAAUAAUAAUAAUAAUUAUAAAGGUUCAUUCAGUGCUUUCUGUUGGGGUUGGAAAUACCCACCCAAUGUCAGAGCAACCACGUAAACUGGUACAGUUGCAGCCUCAGGGGCUCGAGCUGUCCGUGGCCAUUUGUGUUAGGAGUGGGGUGUAACUAUUUAGGGUUAUUAAACCAAUUUCCAUGCCUGUCGCUAGUGUUAUGCUAAUUUGAAAAGGACUGCCAUCCCUCUGAAGCGCUUGUCCAUGGCACUUAAUUUUAAUUAAUACAUUUCCAAAAGACUUUUUGUGUUUGGAAAACGAAGUGUGUGAUUAAGCCUUAUUCAUAAAGACAUAUGUUUAAAACUGGUUCCUGCUCAUUUCCAUUUUUAUAACUUCAUUUCUUUCCUGUAAUUAAAAAAGGGGAAAAAAGUGGAGUAGUUUUACAGAACAAUUUAUCUCUUGUACCUUUUUCUGUAAAAGAAAAUUUUGAAAAUGCUCUUAAAGCAUGUCUGAUGAAGCAAAAGCCAACCAAAACCCCUACUGAAGCAAAAAUUACUGGAAACUGCAGAUCAGCAAAGGUCACUCAAAAUUUUGCAGACUGAGUUGUUGCUAGGAAAUAUUUGGGAAAAAAAAAGGCCAGUUAAACAGAGAAUCAUAAUUUUUAAGUAGAUGUAUGUUACUUCUGGUUAAAAUUAGAGAAGAUUGAGACUAUUUAAAUGGAGAUUAGCUUAACUGUUCAUUUUUCACCAAAACUAAAAUAGUUGGAGAAUAAAGUAUUUAACAGCUUAAUAUUUAAUCUGAGUUUGGUUUAGUUAAAGACUUAAGGCUAAAAAUAAUGGAAUUUGUAAUUGCUUCAUUGUCAAAUAAUUAUGGCCCAAAAAAGAAGUGUUACUAAUUUCAGAGCCUAAAAACUCUUCACAGUCUGAAACAAGCUAUUUUUGGAAUUAUGGGUUUUAGUACAAUGAUUGUUUUAGAUCUCUUCCUUUAAUUUAUGUCGGUAAAAACUUACUCAUAUGAUCAUACCUACUUAGAACCCUAAAAUUCUACCCUCUGGAGUCCUUGAAAUAUUUAAAAGGCUCUUCAAGAGCCCACUUAGAAUUAAAUGAUCUCAGGAGACUAAGUAAAGCAUUUCAAAUACAGAAGAAAACACCUGCAUUAAACAUUUUUUUUGAAAGGAAAAAUAACAAGUUUGACUAUUUAAGUGCUGUUAAAAGGCCAGGUAUUAAAAACAAGCGCAGAAUUUAUCAAAACAAUACUAAAGGCAAUUAAUCUUAAAGUACAACAGUUUUAAUUCAAAAGGAAAAAGAUGAAUUGUAACUUUUUCUGCAACAAACAAUAUUAAACUCAAAGAAAGUUGACCAACUUCUCAGUUAAUCUGGAAGUUCAAUCCUGUGGAAGUUCAGCUGCUUCUGUCCACCCUGGGCUUGCAGGAUUUUAGCUGCUGCUGAGGUGGAGCCCGUUCUGCAUUUCCCAUGGCAGGAAGGCAUCUGCUCUGAGGUGAUUUACACUGCACUGAUCUCCUGCUGAAACUGCUACCAAGUGAAUGCCUAAUACUUCUCAAAGAUGGUUUUGUUGGCAGGGGAUAAACGAGCAGCUGACCAUUGCAUUUGUGUGUGGGAAGAACCAGUGCUAACCUUGCAGCUGUGUGUGGUUAUCCCGAGGAUGAAGUCCUGUACUUGUCAUUUGUUUCUCCCUUUCUCUGGCAUAUUUUGUGUAGCAUGUAAGGUUUUAAAUGUCUCUUUCCAUUUGGUGUUUCAGAGAAUAUGAAGGGAGGACUUGAGAAAAACUGAAGAUUUUUUUUUCCUGCUCAAAUGUUCUUGUUAUGAUGCUUGGUCUUUUUUUUUUUUUCCCCAAGAAGGAUUUAUUGUGUAUGCUCAGAUGGAACUGAAAUACAGACCAUGUGUUCUAAUGUA